GCAAGCUGCACACUCUGGCCUGCCAAAGCUCUUGGUGGGUGAGCAACUCCUCGAAAGAAAGCUAGAAAGGACGAGAAAGAAAAAGAAAAAAAAAGGAAAGAGAGGAGCGGCCAACGAGCCAAGACAUAUAUCUCCUCGCGACCGACCGCAGAACGUACAGCCUACCGCCACUACUCGAGACCUGCGCGCAGUCGACUCCAGACGUCCGUGCCCUGCGGUACAUAUCAGUGCUCGUGCAAACACUCGGGUGAAGCUCCUCCGUCGCCGCCAACAUGUCGAGCGCCACGACCCAGACCCGCACCGAGGUGAAGAAGGUCCACCGUGUGUUCGAGGGCUCCACCGCCGCCGACGUGCGGCGCCAGAUGGACGAGUUCGCCAAGGAGUUUCCGGACUGCAUGCGCUACCUGGAUGACAUGUUCCCCGAGCACAAGCUGCUCCCGUCCAGUGGUGGACCGCCAAGGCCCGAGCGCCAGGAGAGCAUCGUCAAGGAAGUGAAGGUUCUGCCCAGCGACGAUAAGGACAAGAUCUCCGUCGAGCUCGACGUCGAGGGCUUCAAGGCGGACGACAUCUCCCUGAAAGCCGUGGGCCGCAACAUGACCAUCCGCGCCUUCAACGAGAAGACCGAGGGCGACACCACCGUCCGGCGUGAGCUCAAGAGGAACGUGGUGCUGCCCGAGGGCGUCGACGUCGAGAAGAUCGCCUGCAAGCUGACGCCCGAGAACAAGCUCGUCGUGCAGAUCCCGCUGCCCGUGGAGAAGAACCAGGGCGUCGAGUACCUGAUCCCCGUGCGCUGCGAUAUCGAGCGCAGUGUGAGCCGCGACAACUUCGGCGCUGGAGCCAAGGCCGUCGACCGAUGAAGGCCCUGCGGCGUGGGACGUCGAUCGGACUUGUCUAGAGAACAUUGGUUCACUCUGCCUCGGUCUCCGUGGCCGCGGACAUGCUAUCCCACUGCGAUAAUUCGGUCAUAAUUGGAGAAAACGGAUGCCAAAAAAAGCUUCGCGCCUAAUCUUUCCGGUUACUUUGUCACGAGCCCUAACUUUCUCGUCACUACAAAUAAGUACAAGUUAUGCUUGCGCUCUAGACAACCGGGAUCGACUGUGUAUUAGGCUCGCCGCCGAACGGUGGAGGUUUGGAGCGUAAAAGCGGCGACAGAAGCUUGAACUUCCGUCGUCGCCAUUGCGCUCAAUCAGCUGCAUUUUGUUGUUCUCUGGCGUAAUGCGUUCAUUACUGUGGUUGCCAUGAAUCGUUGUCUUUUUUUGUACGUUGAUGUACUCUCGCGCCCGUCAGCGAGCAAUGAAGUUGUUUAUUUACUGUU